GCAGUCAGACUUAGCAAUGAAAUGGUUAGAGACGGAAAAGCUCUUUUAUAAUUUCUACUUGAUUUUGGUGUUUUUAAAACCUUUGCUCGCCUUUGUUUAUCUUCCACAGCCGUUAACACAUUCAGGGUCCGUUAGUUUUACUUUUCUCCGUUAUCCCGUGCUGCAAACUCCGCCUUGCCUGAGUUUCGUCAGAAGUGAUCCAUCUCUGUCAGCGACGUUUACACAGCCUCGCCGCCUGCUGUCUAAAUAAAUGAUGCUCUCUGGUGUGGUGCGGCGGUUUUAGCUCCGUUAACCGCACCAUUAACCGUCUGGGGAUGUCCGCCCGAGCCAGCGGUGGGUUCAGGUGGACGGUGGUCGUUCUGACCUGCCAGCACAAAGACAGUGUCUACGCCUUCCAGAGAGAGCUGGAGUUGAGGCAGCAGCGAGGCUCUCUCUCUCAGGGUGCGUUGGUUUUAACAGUCCGGGACCGCCAGGAGCCUCUGGGCAGCGGAGGAGCGACUCUGAACGCUCUGCUGGUCGCUGCUGAACACCUCAGCAGCCGAGCGGGACACACGGUGGUGACAGCAGACGUCCUGGAUGAUGCUCACAUCCUCAUCCUCCACACGGGCCGUGAUUUCCCCUGGAGCUCCUGCAGCCGAGCGUUUUGCUGGCUUCCUGCAGAGAAACCGGAUCAGACGGUGCAGGCGCCGCUCUGCUGUGUGGACCUGCUGCUGGACUGCCUCACUAACCAGAUUUGUCCCGGCUCUCCUCCCGGUGUUUGGGUCUGCAGCACCGACAUGAUCCUCACCAUCCCUGCAGACUUUGGUUUGUCCUGGGACGGUUUCUCUGGGGUUCGUGUGUUGGCGUUACCGGGAGAAGUCUCCUUCGCCGCUGAUCACGGCGUCUACCUGACCGACCAGCAGGGUCAGGUUAAGGACAUCAUCUACAAGGGGACGAAGGAGCAGAUUCAACGAGCUAUGAUGCAUGAUGGGAAAGUUCCUCUGGUGUCCGGUCCGGUCUUCUUCAGCAGGAGUGUUUCAGAGAAGUUACUGCAGACUCACGUCACUCCUCCUCUGGACGGAUGUACCUACCUGGGCCUGGACUCUGGAGCUCCGCCCCUCCAGAUCUCUCUGUUCCUGGACCUGCUGAAGUGUCUCUGCUCGGAUCUGACUCUGGAUCAGUUUGUCAGCCUGGACCGAGCCGGGUGUACUUCUGCUGCGGGACCACAGGGGGCGUCGUUGAGGAGCGGCAGGACGGAGCUGUGGAAGAUUCUGAGAGGAACCCCGCUCACAGUGGCGUACGUCCCCGGAGGUCGCUACGACUACCUGACUCUGUCCGGACAGCAGCAGGUGGAGCGGCUGAGCCGUGAUUGGACGGAUCGAAACACUCUGUCCCACAUCCAGAGAGAGAGCGAGGUGAAUGAAGGAGGUCGUGUGAUCAACAGCGUUCUGGAGGGAGACGUUGCCGUUGCCUCUGGUGCAGUGGUGCAACACUGCCACCUACAGGGUCCUCUGAACGUCCCGUCAGGUUGUUUACUGUCUGGUCUCGAGUCUUCAUCAUCACAGAGCAUCAGGCAGCUGUCGCUGUCUGAUGACAUCAUCAUCCAGGGACACCGGAUCGAGCUGGGAGAGCUGAAGUUGAACGUUUACACAGUGAUGGGAGCGCGGGACGACCUUCAGGUCUCCUCUGAAGACAGCGACGCCUCCUUCCUGAAUCAAACAUGGAGCUCCUUCUACAUCAGAACAAGAAUACAACCAGAGGAGUUGUGGAUCCGAGGAGAACGCCGCUCCCUCCUGGAGGCCCGUCUCUUCCCGGUCCUCCACCCCAGAGGAGGCGCUGUGGGUCUGGAUGGAGGCGUCAGCUGGCUGCUUGGAGGAGGAGGAGGAGGAGAAGGAGGGGAAGGAGGAGGAACCUCUCUGCGGAGGUGGAGGGAGGCGUGGCGGCUCUCUCUGAGGGAGGUGAUGUCACUGACUCACCAGGAGGCGGAGCUUCAGUGGAGGGAGGCGUUACUGUUCCUAUCAGGGAGGAGGAGGGUGAGUGACGCUCUGAGGACUCGCUCAGACGUCUGCCUGCUGCCGUGCUUCAGGGCGGCGGUGAUGGGAGGCCAGCAGGGGGCGCUGCUGGAGACGCUGGACAGCAUCGCAGCAGGAAGCGGAGAGCAGACAUCAGAGUCAGGGGCGGAGCUUGGCGUGGCCGCUCGCUGCCUCUCUUGCAUCGCUGACGUGUUGGUGUGCAUGGCCGGGGGGAAAGGAGGUCUGAGGAGUGGACCGGCUGCUAACGAGGCGUGGCGCUCUGCCUACUCCCUGUUAGAGGAGGGUGACCUGAGGGGCGGAGUCAGAGCCCUGGCUGAGCAGAGAGCUCAUUGGCUCAGUAGGCCAGACCUGCUGGUUCGUGCAGCGCGGCACUACGAGGGUGCUGGGCAGGUGCUCCUACGACAAGCUGUGAUGUCAUCGCAGAGGUUCAUCUCUAUUGGACAGGGAGAGGUCCCACCUCUGGAGGAGUGGCAGGAAGUGGAAUGUCCAUCCAGACUGGACCUGGCAGGUGGUUGGAGCGACACGCCGCCCAUCGCCUUUGAGCAUGGCGGUUCCGUCACAAACGUCGCCGUGAAGGUCGAUGGGAAGCGUCCGAUUGGUGCCAGAGCUCGUCGCAUCAGAGAGCCCCGCCUCCUGCUGGUCAGCUACACCGGGGGACGGGACAGUGAGGUUUCCAUGGAGACAGUGUGUGACACCCUAGAUGACCUGAGGGACUACUGUCAGCCUCACGCUCCAGGCGCCCUGCUGAAGGCCGUCUGCGUGUGCAGUGGUCUGGUGUCUCUCUCCUCCCAGCAUCCUUUGAGGGAUCAGCUGAUGCAGCGGUGGGGAGGAGGGGUGGAGCUUCACAGCUGGUCAGCGCUGCCGACAGGAUCUGGACUGGGUACCAGCAGCAUCCUGGCGGGGGCGCUGUUGGCUGCAGUGUACAGGUGUACUGGUCGGGGCUACGACACAGAUUCUCUGAUCCACGCCGUCCUCUACCUGGAGCAGAUUCUCACCACAGGUGGAGGCUGGCAGGAUCAGGUUGGAGGUCUGGUGGGUGGGAUUAAGGUGGGUCGAUCCCGAGCGUCUCUGCCCCUUCAGGUGGAGGUGGAGCGUCUCCGCCUUCCUCAAGAUUUCCUGGUUUCUCUGGAGCAGCACCUCCUGCUGGUGUACACGGGGAAAACACGGCUGGCUCGAAACCUGCUGCAGGACGUUGUCCGGAGCUGGUACAGCCGUCUGCCCUCCAUGGUCCACAAUGCUCAUCAGCUGGUAGAGAACUCAGAGGAAUGUGCUAGAGCGUGUUCAGACGGUUCUCUGAGCAGACUGGGAGCGUGUUUGGACCGUUCGUGGCAGCAGAAGAAGCUGAUGGCUCCAGGAUGUGAGCCGGCCUCCGUCAGGGUCAUGAUGGACGCCCUGAGGCCCCUGGUCCUCGGUCAGAGCCUCGCCGGGGCCGGAGGCGGCGGAUUCCUCUACGUGCUGACCCGGGAACCUCGACAGAGAGAGGCGGUCCUGCACGUCCUCAACACCACAGCGGGUCUGGGAGACUUCAGCGUUCACUCUGUGGAGAUCGACACGGACGGCAUUAAAGUCCCACCGCCGUCCUGACGCUGAUAUCUGGGCUCUAUCAUGUGCUCUGUGUUGUUAAGAGAGCAGUUUGAAGCUUAGGUUAUACAAUCCUAGGAUUUAGGGUGGUAUGAAUAUUUGCUUCUAUUUAGGAUAUGACAGAUAUAAAUGUAUGUCUUCCUUUAGAAGAGGAGUUUGAUGAUUUCAAUGAAAAUGAAAAUUAUUUAGCUGAGUCCUCCUGUAAUAGUGAUGAUAUAUGAAGAUUUAAGUUUUCUGAAGUCAACUGAGCAUAAAUCUUUUACUUUUUAGAGUUUUUAGAGACAUUGAUCACAUUUUUACAAUGAUCAAAACAUUAAGUCCAAAUACUCCUUCAUAAUCAGCUUCAUCACCUCAGGCUGGACGGUUUUCUACAUUCAACAGCCGACAGACAGUACACGACUGUAGUACUCAAGUAAAAGUACCAUUACACCGAAGUAAUCUAGUAAAUACACAGCAAAGCUGUGUAGAGAUUUCAGUUUAACCCUGUAUUAGCGGUCCACACUCCACUGCAGUGUAAAUUUCAUCGACUAAAACUAUGACUAAAACUAUUCGUCAACAGCCUGGUAGUGCCACAUUAUAUAAUAAUGCCCCAUUAUGUAAUAACCCUAACCAUAGGACUUAGUGUGGGCUCCAAGGUAUGCCCUACCCAACUACCUUGCCCUAACUCUAACCGCUUAGUGAC